AUUAUGUGGAGCAGGUGUCAGCGUUUUACAAAUGACGCUGCCUAAUUUUGUCCUCACAGUGUUUUCUGAGAGACGCUGGAGCUUCACUGCUAAUUAUUCUGUGUUUACGCUUUGAUGCAGAAGUCCUUUCAAAAUAAAGGUGUGCCAGUGUCAGGCGGAGUCCGAGAGAAUAUUCACAAUCAGGCUUGUGUGUGUAACAUGGCGUUGCCGGCUGCACACAUAUGAUCGGACAUGGAGGCCGUCAGCGCAGUCAACGCCACACAGCCGACACCCCCUCCUGACGACGACCCUGGCAACUUCGGUUACCAUGACUACUACCCUAACGCCAGCAGCGCUAUCCCCCCCGCGGUGCCCACGCUGCUGUUCGAGGGAGUGAAUUUUCCCGAGGACCCCAUUAGGCUGCUGAGUGUGCAGGUGGUGUUGAUCUUGGCCUACAGCACCAUCAUCGUGCUGGGGGUUCUGGGUAAUUCUCUGGUCAUCUACGUCAUCUACCGCUUCAAGUCGCUCCGCACCGUCACCAACUUCUUCAUCGCCAACUUGGCUGUUGCCGACCUGCUGGUGAACACGCUGUGCCUCCCCUUCACUCUCGUCUACACGCUGCAGGGAGAGUGGAAGUUCGGCAGCACGCUCUGCUUCAUGCUGCCGUACGCUCAGGGGCUCGCCGUGCACGUCUCCACGGUGACGCUCAACGUCAUCGCCCUGGACCGCCACAGGUGUAUCGUGUACCACCUGGAGACCAGGAUGCGUAAGGACGUGUGUUUCGGGGUGAUUGCGCUGACCUGGGUGCUGAGCGCCGUGCUCGCCAGCCCUCUGGCCAUCUUCAGAGAGUACGGCUCCUUCACCCUGGAGCCUGGACACAGCAUACAGGUGUGUACGGAGAAGUGGCCCGGUAAGAACACCGACGGCACCGUGUACAGCAUCUCCAUGUUGAUCCUGCAGUACUUCCUGCCGCUGUCCAUCAUCUCCUUCGCCUACGCCCGCAUCUGGUCCAAACUGCGCAGCCACGUCAGCCCCGCGGAGGCGGGCGGCAGCAGCAGCGCCGGCUCCGACCGCCACCGCCGGCGCCGCAAAACCACCAAGAUGCUGGUGACGAUGGUGGUGGUGUUCGCCGUUAGCUGGCUGCCCUUCCACGCCUUCCAGCUGGCCACGGACAUCGACAGCACGGUGUUGGACAUGCGCGACUUCCGCCUGCUCUACACCGUCUUCCACGUGGUCGCCAUGUGCUCCACCUUCGCCAACCCAUUGCUGUACGGCUGGAUGAACCGCAACUACCGCGCCGCCUUCCUCUCCGUCUUCAAGUGUCGCAAGGGAGGAGAGAGGGGGAGGGGCAGCCGGCUGGACAGCAUCCACCCCGUUGGAGCCGGCGGAGGGAGGGCGAAGAAGAUCGUGCUUGAAACGCAGGAUGUGGUGUCCACCCACCUGAACGCCACUGACGUGUGAGCGCCCGGGGGAGGUGGAGAAGAAGAGGGUGACGGAGGAGAGAUGACAAGACAAUGACGGAGAGAUUACAGAGGAAGAGGCAGGAGGGAUAAAGAAAAUCGUCGUCAGGAAAUCUUUUGUCCCCCAGAAGACGCGAGAAGAAAACGUGACUGAACACGGAGACAAAGAGAAGAUAAAGAUGAGAGGAAACAGAAACAACAGCACGAAGCCGACGGGGAUUUAAGAGUUUUUGGAAGACCAAAAUAGAAGAGGAGGCAAAGACGAGCGGGGAUUAGAAGAAGAAGAAUGGCUCAAGGUCUUCUCGACCAAUCGAAGCGCUGUCGCUCUGAGGACGUGACCUCAUCACGAGGGAGGAACUUUUCUGGGGGAUUUGUUCGAGUGAAAUGCAGCUUUGCAUCCACGAUUUCUGACAAAGUGGGAAAGUUUGCUGUGAAAAGAAGAGGCUUUGAUUUUCAACACUUUAGAUGGAAAGCGUAGAUUGUUGACGUAACAGAAAUAUACAGAAACCUUGGACUCUGUCAACACAGGGCUUUACUCCACCUUCAUUCACAUGUGAAGCAUUUAGCUCGUACGUUUAACUCAGAGUGGCUUACAGGGGGGACGCGGACGCGUAAGCAGGUUGCGGGGAUUAAACCGACAAAAAUUUCGGCAUCAGCAGCAGCUUCCUUUAACUGCGAGCGAUGUGAGCUGAUCGUCAACGCUUUGUCAAAAGCGUACAAAUCGGAGGCCGCUGGGGACCGUGCUAAAAGAAUUUGUCAGGUGAAAGAAAAGCCCUUAAAAAAAAGAAAAACUAGAUUUUGGAGUUGGAGCGGACGAGGAUGCAUGAUGCAAGCUUUGUGAAAUCUCAGACGUUGUUAUGUAAUGAAAAUGUGUGUUUUAAAUAUGGAUCAUCCUACAACCAGAGCCAGAUAGAGGGCGAAAGGGAGAAGACGGAGGUGGACACUAAGAGGGGGACGAGGCAGAGACACGGAGACAGAACAGAGCGAGUGAUGGGCAGCAGGAGGGAGAGGGUGAGAGAGAGAGGGAGGAAGAGGAGAGAAGCUUCAAACAGACCGAGAUCCUUAAAUCCAGUUGAGAUCACAGCUUUAAAUCACUCAUGAUAUUAAUCACAUUCAGUCGAGAGGUGAUUUGUUCACUUUAGCCGCCUGCACGUUUGGCUGACUGCUCACAUUUUGAGUCACGCUUCGAUUUAAUUUUCAUUAAAGAGUUUAAUCAGCACGACAUGAUAAGAUAUGUGGAGAGAGAUCAUUAAAAUAUGAUUGUUCACUCUGAAAUGAAACUCAUUUCAGGGUUUCAGCACGUUUUUUAUUUAACUUUUUCUGCUACUAAUUUCAAAAAGCUUCCAAAAGUGACUUUAUUUAGGAAGUAAUUAACCUGGUGACCGCAGGGUUUCUUGUCCCUGAGCUGAGGCUCUCAGGCAGUGCUUUGCUCAUUAUAGGGAAAAGAUGCAAAAUAAAUGACAAUUUAUUGAUCAGCAUAAGACUCCACUGAUCAAGCAAAAGGUUACUCUUAGGGUUGGAUGUCCAGAUGCAGGUGUGUCAGAGCUGAUGCCCCCCCCCCACGCCUCCCACACUCACAUCCAUGUCCAAUCCAAAUGCAGUUUACUUAAACCAGCUGGACUGUUUACAACCUGGCAACCCAAAAGUCGUUAUUAUUAAUGGCUUCUAAGUGAUGUGCAUUAGAAACUCAUUUAAUAAACGGUGCCUUAAAGACCUUUUCCACCGCAGGAACUUAAAGUGUUUGUAUUCAUCGUCACAGCUCAGGAUGUGCAGAUAAAUACAAGUUCCAGGUUUUCUCGGAGAACAAAUGCAACCUUUAAGUAACCUAGUAACUCAAAAUAAGUCAGCGUUGACUUUUGGUGUCACGUUGGAGUCUCCGAUCUCCUAGAUUGUUCUACAUAGUUAAAACAAAAUCGGUGCCACGUCUUUCAUUGUUGUUUGUCCCACAACUGAACUGUAGCGUCUACUAAAUAGAGCAGCCUUUCCAAUGACAUUUAACCAAAAUGGUUUGUGGAUCGUUGAGGAAACAGCAGGCAGAGGUGUUCCUCGUGACGAAACUCCAACAGCCCCACUUGUUGCGAUAGCGUCAUUGUUUUCACACGUAAACAGGUGUUAAUUUCCACGCUCCAAAUGAAUUUAUUGUUCAAAAUGUAAUUACGGAAGGUUCAUUUCGUUUAAUCUUUAAUUGUAAUUAAAGCACUCGGUUUCCCUCAAGGCAACAAGCUCGUUAAGUGUAAACACAGAAGACUGAACAACGACCUGCAAACACUUUGUGAAUCAUCAACAUUACAGCAGCUACUGUUAAACACACACACACACACACACACACACACACACACACACACACACACACGUGUUGUAAAAAGGGAUCAAACAGAUAAAAUAAAAAUUGGAUUUAGCCUCUGUGUCCCACUUGUCUUUUCCUGUUUAAAUCUCUAGAUCCUCUCUCUGUGAGCUGCGUCACUGCCUCGCCCGACCUGCAAUCCCACAAUCCCUCUGUUCCCUCCGACUGAACCUUACCAGCUGUUUAUCUUCGUCCUCGUUUCAGCUCCUCGUCUGUCUCCCCUCCGCUCUCUCUCCCUGUGAAUGCAUGCCUCAAACAGCUAGAAACUGUGUCUUCCUCUGAGGACUAACAGUAGAAGAAAUGUCUAUUUUAGUCACAAACAUUCCUGACUAAAACAAAAGGAUUUCAUUUCAAAACAGCUGAAAUGUUGUCGUUAUUUUGCUCACACCUGACUGUAUCCACCUCAAACAGUUACAGCAAAUGACUAAAAAUGUUGAAAAUAAGUUUAAUAGUAAACCAUAAUGUGCUUUACUUUAAUAACAGCGUCCCGAGUUAUAAACCCUGGAUUUAAAUUGGAUGUUUUCACAGUUCAUUUUGAACAGCAUUAUACUUUAAGUGGAAAUGAAGGUUCAGAAGGUUUGACGUCAUCUGGUUUGCUCUAAAUCCCCAAAGCUAUCCCACAAUGCAGUGCGUGUAUUUGUCAUUGUCCACUCUGAUAGCAGAGUUGAGACCUUGGAGGAGUUAUUUUACACAUGAAAGUGCCAUUUAUUGGAACACUUCAGGCCUUGGAUGGACAUGAAACUGCCUUGGUUGAAUCAUCAGUGCAGAAAUAUCUGGUUCUGUGAAAAUGUCAAAGCAUGUGGACAUAAAAACUGCAGCGAAUAAGUAAACUACGACUCCCAAGGUGCAUUUAUGGUAAUACAUAUCAACAAGUUAAUGUAAUUACCAGUUUCCAUCUUCCGUAACGUGUUCUAGCUAGCAGCGCACUUAACAGAGUUUUACAUGAAGUGAUUGGGUCUGUCUUGGAGAAAUGCACCUUGGGAGUCGUAGUUAACGUCCCUUAUGUUUUUAUGUACACAGGCAAAUCGAAGAUCCAGAUGUUUUCUACUACAGUUGCUAAUCUUUUGUACUGAUGACCCAACCAGGAAAUGGUAACUUCUACUUCUGGAUCCAGGACACGGUCACGAGUAAGCGGACUUACUCACUCGCUAACCUGCUAGUUGUCCCUAGCGUCUACUAGCAGGUUACUACUACUAGUUUAUUUUUCUCUUGUCCCAAAGCACGCGUGUGUGACGUUAGUGGCUCCAUGUGACGCGUUUCACAGAGAUCCGUCUGAUAAGGUCAUUUCAAACAUGAGUAUAAGAAAGAUCAGAUCUGAAUCGAGCAUUAAGCCCUAUAGCGUGAGCGUAGCACAUCAUUUUUCUGACGCUAGCUAGCAUAACGUUCGUAAAGUGUGCUGAUGCUCGGAGGACUGAAAGUAAACAAGAUGGCGUCCUUCAUGAACGAUUAAAUGUUCCCCGUGUGUCUUUCAGCUUGUUUUAUAUUAUUUGAAGAAAAGAAUAAAACCGAUAUUUAGUUCCUCCUGAUGUAUUCUGACGAGGUUUGUGACGGGAUCGGAUGCUGCUCGACCUUUAUGAAACAUGAAUGUAAACUGCUUUGUAACAUGGCUGUAAUGUUGUUUAUUGUGUCAUUCUGUGUAAAUAUUGGCCGUGUGAAAGACUGUAACCAAGCACAAAGUGUUGGCCUUUACCCGUGUCCAACAACAGAUGUACUGUUCUCAAGCACAAACUUGUUGUUCUCUGGCUCUUUCUUUCUGCUUGUGUGUGUGUGUGUUUAUAAUUAACAUUAUGGAGACUCACGUUCCUUUUGGGUACAAAACACAAGUCCCCUUAACGUAGAGGUCAGGGUUGUGUGUGUGUCCUGGGAUAUCUGUGCUUUAGGGAAGUCCUGAUUUUCGUUACACGAUUAUUGUUGACAAAAUAAUUCACAGUAACGAUGUUGUUGGAAUAUAACAUAAUAUACAAAGCCAUUAGCUCAUUUCUUGCUAGUAGCUUAGCUCGCUAACUGGCUAAUGGCUGCUUCCUCCUGCUUAUGAUUACGUAUUUCCACCCACGUAGUUGUUGUAUGUGUAUUGAAAACCCAAUUGUUUUGUCUUCAAUGUAUUUUGGGGACAUUUACACCUGUACUCUCAUGUGGUUAAGCACGAUACGAUCCGAUCAACUAAAACAUAUUUUAAUGAAAGGUGUAACGCCGGUAAAUGUUGAUCCAAGAGAA